AUGAACAAUCCACUAGGAGCACCGGCAUACGCCAUGCUGCCCGUCACCGUCCGAAAACCGUCUCCAUCAAAAUCCAAGUCGAAAUCCAAAGCCUCUCCGACCCCUGCCAUGCCAUCCAGCGAAGCCACCAACAUCGAUACGCAAGAAACCACACCUCAACCGGCUGCCAAACAAAACCAUAAGAAGCUCUCCAGCUCCUUCACAUCCUUCCUCUCUCCUCCAUCAACAACCAAAGAUAAAACUCCACGCCUUCCAAACAUGUACUUACACCUCGAUCCCGCAUCCGCCGGCCUGACAGGAGAAUCCUCCAACCCAUCCAGCAGACGCCACUCCCUAGCCGUCUCAGCAAACCACUCCUCUCGCUCCUCUACAGACAGCAACCUCAGCCCUUUCGCCUCAUACCGCCGAGUCUCAACCUCUGUUCCCUCCGGCGCGGAAUCAUCCCCGCUCACAGUUGCAGAUGCGUUGAUCGGUCUCAUCGCAGCGUCGUGUCAAGCGCAAUGCGACUUGGAGGAAUUAAAUACUUCGCCGACGGGGCGUACCGCACCCUUGAGAAAAGUUCACUAUGAAGUAAAGUCGUUUAAAAUGACGGCGCAGCUGCUGCACAAGUUUCUGCGGAGAGUUGACAACGGGACGCUGGAGUAUCCGCAGCGAGCGCAGAUGAUUGAGCUGGAUGUGCUUAUUGCAGUACUUACGGCUUCGAUAUUGACGAUUUCGGAGUUGGAAGCCCGGUUGGAGAGUUUGGUCAUGCAGGCGGAUGAGCUGGGUGUUAGUGUGGAGGAGAUGGUGCAGCGGUACGCGAGGAGUUUGGCCAAGGAUGCAAAUAGGAUCAGCAUGGUGGAAUUCACAAUCACGAAGCUACUGAGUGUGUUGCAGGUGAGCAAUCCGCAGGAAGCGUCGCGGCACCAAGCGCAGGCGAGUCUUGCUAUCAUGGAUAUGCUGCAGGCGGAUGCUGCUCUUGCAGGUCGCAUGCAGCAACUGCAAGAUACGAGCAAUGGUCUGGAGAUUGUUUCUCAGGAGAGAAUGGCGGAACUUGCUUCUCGGCCGCCGCCGGGGUACAGUGUUCCUUCGCCAAAGGAUAAUGACGAGUUACCGAAUUACUAUGAGGCGCUGGACGAUGACUCCGUCGCCAUACAGCCGCGAGAUUGGUCCGUCUACUCUGGUCUGCAUCUCGCUGAUAUACCUACCCUGUCGAGAAUUAGUCUCCCCUUGAUCUUGGGCGAGAUCAAGGACGGGAACUUUUACACUGAGGAAUAUGCAGAGUCGGUUAGAGAGGCUCUGGUCGCACUGGAAGAAGCACAGGGGACGCAAAAGUCAAAGAUUCUGGCUCAGAUUCUCGGCAUAAAGGAUGGUGGUAGCAAGGAGAAGAGCGCGACUGCUUCUGAUCAGGGCGGUUUUGCGCAUAGACUUGCGCAAAAGGUUGCGAGGGGGAAGUUGUUGGGGCGGUCACACUGA